UUUGAAUUAGCCUAUAUAUAAUUUCUGCGUGCCCUAGAAUUAAUGUCAUCCAGAAUAAAUACAAGAAAAAAGAAAAAGAAAAAAAGAAAAGGAAAAUGAAAUUUGAUGUACUACGUAAUUUUAAUUAGUCAGGGGAAAUUAUACUCUUCCGGUUGUCCUACAUUAAUGCCUAACUGCACUUGCGCGCCAUUUCCUCUCUCUCUCCUCUGCGGUAUUUCCUCUUUCUCCUUCUAUCUUUCUCCGUUUCUCUCUUAACAGAGGUACAUACAUACACUCAGGAAGAGAAAACCUAGAAUCUGACAUUACCCUCUUUUAGGCCCCAUUAAUGGACACCGACGUCGCCGAGGUGCCCGCCGACGAUGGAUCUACCGUCGCCGAACCUCCCUCUGAUCCCUCUGCUGCCAAGAAAUCCAAGCGAUUCGAGAUGAAAAAAUGGAGUGCCGUCGCUCUGUGGUCUUGGGAUAUUGUUGUGGAUAACUGUGCAAUUUGUAGGAACCAUAUCAUGGAUCUCUGCAUUGAGUGCCAAGCUAAUCAAGCUAGUGCGAGCAGCGAGGAGUGCACCGUUGCUUGGGGUGUGUGUAAUCAUGCCUUCCAUUUCCAUUGCAUCAGCCGAUGGCUCAAAACCCGUCAAGUGUGCCCACUAGAUAACAGUGAGUGGGAAUUUCAGAAGUAUGGUCACUAGAGUUUGCAUUAGGAAGCAGCAGUGGAGCAGUUCGAGACCUUGCAUAUUAAUGGUACUUGAAGUGGGAGAGAUUGCAUGAAACUCUCUAGAGCCACUUGCUUCACUAUUAUGGUUAAAUAAAGUGUAUAAACUUUUUUGAAUAAACAAAGAUCAAGAUCUCGAAAUUUUGGA